AUGCCACCUCACGCCCUACCCAAAUCACCACCAUCUACAUCUACCUCCUCCAAAACCACAUUCAUCAUAGGCCUGUCCGGUCCAUCCUCCUCCGGCAAAACCACCCUCGCCCGCCUCCUCCGCCAAAUCUUCAACAUCAACCCGGGCUCCUCCAAUCGUACUAGUCCUCUCCGCCUCUUCAUCCUCCACGAAGACGAUUUCUACAAAACCGACAAAUUGAUCCCCCGGGACACCUUCACAUCAGCAGAACACGGCGAGCGCGAACUCGACGACUGGGAUUGUGUCGAGAGUAUCGACUUACCGUUGUUGAAACGGGUAUUGGGGCAUGUUAAGCGGUGUGGAGUUGGGCCGGAUGAUUUCGCGAGUAAGGAGGAUCAGAAUACGGUUGGGGAGAGUGGUGUUGAUGAAGGGGAGGUGCGGGAGUAUCAGGGGAGGGUGAGAGAGUGGGUUGAUACAUUGAAUAUGGGAUUGGAUUCUGGUGCUGGCGCUAUUAAUGGAACGGCGACAGUUAACGAAAAAGAACUCUACGAAAUUCUAGACCCACUACUUGAUUUAAAGCUGUUCUUGCCGAGUUCACGGCAGAAGACGAUUGAGCGAAGGACGAAACGGACUGGAUAUGUCACGCUUGAGGGGUUCUGGGCUGAUCCGCCGGGAUAUGUGGAGGAUGUGGUGUGGCCGAAUUAUGCACGGGACCAUGCGUGGCUUUUUGAUGGUGGAGACGGGGAUGGUUCAGAAGCCUCAAGGCAGCAGGCUAUUGAUGAUGGUCGAGUGGAUAGAGAUGUUGCGGCGAGACAUGGUGUACACAUUGGACCAGGCUCGGGUGAUGUGCAUUUGAGGGAGAUCUUGCCGUGGGCUAUUGAGAAGAUAAGGGUUGUGCUUGGACAGGCAGCCACUUGA